CAUCCGAGAAAGCACAAACACCAGACAGGCUGAUUGACUUGCGAUGAGCUCUCAACUCCUCUCGAGUGCGCAUUAUACAGUUUGCAUCACAGCUGCAAGCAGCCGGUCAAUAGAAUUUUGAAAUCGGGUUACCCGAAGCCAAGCACCUCUCCCGUGUAUCGAAGGUGAUUUAUCGAUAUCUCGGAAAACCUUCUGGAAUAUCUUAUACAUGUUUCACUGGUAAAUGCCGUGACUCAUGCGAAUUUAAGUAGAGUUUUCUCAACUGUUGCGUGCGUGAGGAAGAAGGAACAAAACGGAAACCGCGAAUCUUCGACUUUAGUGCCGGAAAACUUCGGAUGGUUGAAAACGUCAUGAAUUCAAUGGUUCGAAUGGGAGAAGGUGAUAAAAUCAAACUAUUUGUACGAUUGGAGCAGAGAUAAAAAGGAAGAAUAAUAAACACUCGAACAAUAGUGCAAAUCAUAGUGCUGCCACGGUGUGUUUGCGGUAUAAAUGGCAUUGGUUAAACCGAUUUUGGCAGACAGGAUGGAGAAAGGACUGGGACACCACGCACAAAUGCUCCUGAAUUCCGGCUUCCCGAGAGUUCUCGGACCAAUCACGAAGAAAGGUGGAGAGAAAGUGUUUCCAGGAAGGAAACACGGAGCACACAUCAGCGUCGUCGCAACGAAACAUCAGUAUUCCUCAAAUCCCAGAGGGGUAUUCGCUCAGUGCCUCGUUACCGGAGCCGUGCUAUUACUCACGGCCGGAUGUGGUAUGCCGAUAGGAUACAGCGCCAUACUUCUUCCAAAACUUGCUAAAACGAACGGAUCGUUGCAAGUGGACGAAGACCUGGGCUCGUGGAUUGCCUCGGUACACAGUCUGGCUGCGCCGUUUGGCUCGCUGCUCUCGGGUCCCUUGAUGGACGCGAUUGGCAGACGAGGAGCGUUGCAAAUAUCUGCAAUUCCGCUGGCCGUGGGUUGGAUCGUUAUGGGGUUGGCGCAGAACAUAACGUGCAUUAUAGCCGGGAGAAUAAUGUCAGGAUUCGCGGUUGGCCUCGUCGUUGUGCCCGGUCAGGUUCUUCUCGGCGAAAUAGCGGAUCCUGGCCUACGGGGCAUCCUGGUCGGCGCACCCUUCGCCACCUAUAGUUUCGGAAUUCUCCUGGUAUACGCCCUCGGCGCAAACUUCACGUGGAGAACCGUGGCCUUCUGCGGAAUAAUUCUCCCCGGUCUGGCUCUCGUCGCUCUUUGCCUCAGUCCUGAGAGCCCCGUGUGGCUUGUCAGGCGGCGGAAAACCGAGGCUGCCAGAAAAGCUCUAUCAUGGUUUCGCGGUGCGGACGUGAUGCAGGUGAAAACGGAAAUGGCCCAACUUGAGUCGAGAGCCAGAGAAGACAUCGCUCGAAUAUCAUCAACGGCCACUUUGCGUCAGCAAGCAUCAUCGGCGUUGUCGAAUAUCCUGAGUCCCGGAGUCAUCAAGCCUCUGGCGAUAAUAAAUGUCUUCAAUUUCCUCCAGAUGUUGUCCGGAACAUACGUUUUCGUCUUUUACGCCGUUGAAUUCAUCAGGGAAAUGGAGGGUGACGGUGUGGAUCACUAUCUUGUGGCAGUAAUCACGGCCGUUGUGAGGUUCGUUUUUUGCCUCGUCUCCUGCGUCCUGCUGCUCACCACGGGCCGAAGAGUUUUGGGAAUCGUUUCUGCACUCGGAACAGCCGUCACAUCAUUGGUCCUGGCGGGAUACCUGCUUGCCAGGAAAGGGCAGCCGACGACCGACGCAGAUAUGUACGUAGUCGGCACCUGCAUAAUCGUUUAUGUCAGCGCGAACACGGUGGGCCUUCUAACAUUGCCGGGCCUGAUGGUGGGUGAGCUUUUGCCCCAACACGCCCGGGGAAUAGGCGGCGGUUGCACGUUCUUCCUGUUCAACUUGACUCUCUUCGGAGUGACAAAGGUCUUCCCAGGGGUCAAAGGCGCAAUCGGCAUGACUGGAAUUUUCACGGUAUUUGGCGCCUCGGCACUUUUGGAAGCUGUAUUUGUCUACGUAGCGUUGCCGGAAGCGAAGGGGAGGACGCUUCAAGAGAUAGAAGACUAUUUCCAGGAAGGAAAUGUUCUCUGGGUUACGAGGAAGAAACAGCCAAAAAUAAACUCGGCGACUACCCCUUUGGUCAAUGUGUAACGCGUUCACGUGAAAAUACAUUUAAUUUAGGCGGGGCCUGAGUAUUAUAUUUUUAUAUAAUAGACAUAUUGUAAAUAGAGGUGAAAAUUUUUGCUGUGCGAACAUUUGGCCAAAUAAUUUAUAGAA